CGCAGACUUAGCAAGCGUCUGACAGCGGGCCGGCGGCGCGCAGGAAGACUGCUUGGGAGACGUGGACCGGCACUCACCUAGACACGCGGUGGAGGACAACUUCGGAAAGCCUAUAGCUAUUGCCCUUUAAAGUGCCCUACGCCUAACCAGUCUAUUUCACAUCGGAGAGGGAGCGCGACCCUCGGCAGUGUGCUUAGACUGUACUUACCACUCCAACCAUUCAUGGAAAAUUACACUGAGCUCCAACAAUGGACAUCAAAGAGAAGAGAUAAUUGAUCACGCGCCACCUGUGGAUACUGCCGAGUUUUACCGUUAAAAGUUUUUGUUGCUGUGCCAAACAGUUGAGUGAACUGCGUCCGAUUUGGAACCUUUCACAUUUGUCAACCAUGACUACUGAAAAAGAGAAGAAAAGGCACCCGUCAGAGCGGCGGAAGGAGAAGUCUCGUGACGCGGCACGCUGCAGGCGCAGUAAGGAGACAGAAGUGUUUUACGAGCUAGCCCACGAGCUGCCCCUGCCCCGCACCAUCUGCACUCACCUGGACAAAGCCUCCAUCAUGAGGCUGACCCUCAGCUUCCUCCGCACGCGCAAGCUUCUAGGAUCAGGCUGCGUGAAGAGACAGCCAAAAGAGGACACACAGAUGGACACUCUGUACCUAAAGUCUCUGCAAGGUUUUGUUCUUGUGGUGACAUCAGAAGGGGACAUGAUCUUCCUCUCAGAAAACGUCAGUAAAUUCAUUGGACUGACACAGGUGGAGUUAACAGGUCACAGCAUCUUUGAUUUUACACACCCUUGCGAUCAUGAGGAGAUCCGAGAGAACCUCAGUGUCAAAACAGGAGCAGUGUAUGUGAGGAGAUGUAAGGAGUUGAAUAUGGAGAGAGACUUUUUCAUGAGGAUGAAGUGCACUGUGACCAGCAGAGGACGUACUGUCAACCUCAAAUCAGCUGGCUGGAAGGUGCUGCACUGCAUGGGCCACCUGAAGGUGUACACCAGCUGCCCUCCUAACAUCCUGUGCAGUUUCACCGAGCCACCGGUAACCUGUGUGGUAAUGUUGUGUGAGCCCAUCCCCCAUCCCUCCAGCAUGGACAUGCCCCUCGACAGCAAGACAUUCAUGAGCCGACACAGCAUGGACAUGAAGUUCACCUGUUGUGAUGACAGGGUGAAAGUUCUGGUGGGCUACAGACCAGAGGACCUGGUGGGACGCUCAGCAUAUGACUUCUAUCAUGCACUGGAUUCAGGGAAUAUGACCAAGAGCCAUCAGAAUUUGUGUGCUAAGGGCCAGGUGGUGAGCGGUCACUAUCGGAUGCUGGCUAAGCAUGGUGGCUAUGUGUGGAUGGAGACGCAGGCCACGGUGAUCUACAACAACCGCAAUUCUCAGCCUCAGGGCAUCGUGUGCAUCAACUACGUCCUAAGUGGCAUUGACGAGAAGUCCACCAUCUUCUCUAUGGACCAGACAGAGGAGCUAUUCAAGCCCCACACUGUAAGCGAGGUCUUCCACCAGGAUGCCUCGGACACAGCCGACAUGCUCUUCCCUAAGCUCAAGGAGGAACCCGAGGAUCUGGUCCAGUUUGCACCCACACCAGGCGACACCAUCAUUGCCCUGGACUUUGCAAGUCACCAGUUUGAAGAGCCACCUAUAUUCUAUGACUCCUCCAGUGAGGCUACAGUGAGUAAGCUGUGGAAAACUGAUUCUCCUCAGCCUAGUUCUGAGAGCAGCCUCGCUAAAGUUCCCUCCAGACCCACACCGAGCAAACGCAACACCUGCCCCAUGUCUGAUGGUGCUGGAGGAGAUUACUAUGGCAGCAGAGAUGUGGAGCUGAAGGUAGAGCUGACAGAGAGGCUGUUUGCUGAUGGCACAGACAGUCCCACCGACACCCAGUUUGACUUCAGUGAUCUGGAUCUCGAGACACUGGCUCCCUACAUACCCAUGGACGGGGAGGACUUCCAGCUGAAUCCCAUUGGCCAGGAGGAAAUUUUGGCAGAGCCAGGCCAAGGGCUGCACACCACACCCCAGUACAACUUCAGCAAUAUCACCAACCUCUUCCAGCCCUUGGACCCCUUCCUCUCCAAUGGCAAGGAUUGUUCCAGCUCCUACCCAGAAACGGCACUGGUGCCCAAUUACCAGACUCCUGCCAGUACACCAUUGCCCUCCAGUGGGGGCAGGCCAAACCUGACAUGGCACACUGAUCCAGCCAUACAGUAUGGGCGGACUGAGAUGAAUGGAAAGAAUGGACAGAACCUGGCUUGUGCACAGCUGCAGCAAAGAAUUUAUGAGAAUUUUAAUCAGCCAUGCAAUGAAAUGAACCUUGGUCAGAUUGCACUGGGCAGCAGCUUUAAACGCAAGAGACAGACACAGUUCAGUUCCUCAUGCUCCUGUUUGAACAUUCCUCUGCUUGACGUGAUCCCUCGCAGUGAAUCUGUGGAUGAUGUGAGGAAGAGAAUGAAAGCCGUGGCCACUGACAAUUACUCCUUUUCUGAAAGGAAGUCCUCUAACCAUCACAGGCUUGAAGACACCUUUUCAUCUGGACAAGGAGGGGUGUGUUCUCAGUUCCGUCAUAGUCAGCCUCCGCCAGAUCAGCACAGCUCUGGAGAGCUCGAACAGCCAUUCACCGAGCACUUCUGCUCUCAUCAGUACCAGCCUUAUGGCAUUCUCACCUGCCCCAAACCCACAGGGGUGGCGAGUCGACUGCUGGCUGCGUCUUUUGACUCACGCUGCCUGUCGGAGCUGACGCAGUAUGACUGCGACGUGAAUGUGCCACUGCAGGGAGCUCUCCACCUGUUGCAUGGCAGUGACCUGCUAAAAGCUCUUGAUCAGGCCACAUAGGUCAGGAGCCCCGCAGGGAUCUAUCUACCCCAUCCCUACCCAGUCACCCACACUGCAAUGUGCCUAGCUUUGGUAUGCCUUUCUCUGAAUGGUUGCCUUUCCUAUUAAUACACAAAUAUACAUUGUAUCUAUAACAACAGUUUUGGCUAUAUACAUACAUACAUACAAUAUAU